UCUUGGAUUAUUCUACUGAUGGACGGGAUUUACCCCUGUCUUUGUUUUUUCCUUACCACUAUUUUACGCGCAAGGUGCACCAUUUGCGCGCUCUAUUUUGCUCCGCUGCUCUUUUCAUUAUGGAUUAAACACUUUGUUUUUGACUUAUUUUUUCCUGUCGUAUCUUGAAAUCUUUUUGGAUUAAUAAGGAAUUUGCAUGAUGCUAAAUGACCAGGAUCUUUUCCCCCCUGAAUGGAGAAGGCGUACUUCGGAUUAAGAGCAAGCGACUUUCCAAAGAUCUUGGACUAUCUCCUUGUUUAUUCCCCUGAGGUUCUUUGACCUGUUUUCGCUUCAUGCACUGGAAUGGAGAUGAAGCUGAGACCCAGGCUUUGUUUUCUGAUCAAAGAAGAGCGCGGCUAUGGCUUUCACCUGCACGGUGAGCGGAAUAAAGGCGGGCAGUUUAUCCGCAAAGUGGAGCCCGGAUCCUCAGCUGACCUGGCCGGUCUCCGACCAGGGGACCGAGUGGUAGAGGUGAACGGGGAGAAUGUUGAGAGCGAAACACACCAUCAAGUGGUGAACCGCAUCCGAGCAGUGGCCCACCGCACCAGGCUGCUGGUGGUGGACAGAGAAACAGAUGAAUACCUGCGUAGCCAUGAUCUGGCCUGCACAGAGGACCUGGCUAUUGAAAUGGGAACCCUCUACCCGCGCCCCUCUCCCAAACCCACACCCUGUGCCUCUCCCAUAUCCAGAGAGAGCUCACCCCUCUCCCUUGAACCUAACCACACACAGGUAUUUCAGUAUCCUGCCGAGUCUCCCACUGGCAUGACCACACAGAGCAAAGUCAAGAGAUCCUCAGUGACAUCAAGCUCAGCAACAGACACAGAGCUGCAGGUUGAACCUUCACCAGAGCCAAAGGCUGAGCUUCUUCCUCGUCUGUGCCACCUGGUGAAGGGGGAGCAUGGCUACGGCUUCAACCUGCACAGCGAUAAAAAAAAGCAUGGCCAGUUCGUACGCACCGUGGACCCCGACUCAGCUGCUGAGAGAGCAGGCAUCCAGGCUGGAGACAGAGUUGUGGAGGUAAAUGGAGUGAAUUCUGGGGGCUUGAGACACUCGGAGGUGGUGGCACUUAUCAGAGCUGGUGGAGAGGAAGUCCACCUCCUAGUGGUGGAUCAAGAGACGGACGAGCUGUUCCAAAGACUGGGAAUUGUACCAACAAGUAGCCACAUCAAAGAGGUCUACGUGGAUGACAUACCUACUGAAAGCACGCCAUCUCCAACCACUGAGCUGCCCACAACAGCGCCUAUCAUUAAUGUCACUUUGACAGACUCACCAAUCAAAAAUGUGUCUCCAAAAUCCCGGACCAAUGGGAGCUCAGCAUCCCAUUCCUCCAGAAGUUCCACAACCCAGUCAGAGAUCAGCAGCUCAGAAAUGAGCUUUCAGGUUCCUGAAGAGGACGACAGGCAUAUUUCAGAUCCUUUUGUGGACAGUGGCCUGCGCCUCAGUCCCACAGCUGCUGAGGCAAAACAAAAGGCCCUUGCCUCCCGGAAUAAGAAGAGAGCCCCCCCUAUGGACUGGAGCAAGAAACAAGAACUAUUCAGCAACUUCUGACCUAAGAGGAUGAAAAAAAAGGAACAGAGUUACAAACAUGGCACAAAAUGAGAAAAAAAUAAGUACUUAAUUUUGUUUGUUUGUUUCUGCUGUAAGCACCAUACCGUUCAUCUUGCAGAAACACUGAAGAAGUGAAAAGAAAGGACGGGGAGAAAGGGUUGAAGGAACAUUUGUGGAACAAUGACUGACAGAACAUUUAGUGAAAGGUUUUGUCAGGUUGAAGCUGGAACAGAUAGACAUUUUCUGGACUCUUAAAGAGCUCUGAAAGGAAAAUAGACCUGUGUGCUUCUUCUUGGCUCCACUUUUAGUUUCAAUAAAAUCUAGACAGCAUCUUCCUAAUCUACAAAUAGCAGAUAUAUGCCACUUUAGAUGGAAAACAAAUGGAAAGCCUAAUUUAUUACCUAAAAAUCAUGCAGGAAAAGUGGAUCAGCAACUGCCUGCACUGCAAAGAAACUCAACGAAAGGACAUUAAAAAAAGAAACGUGUCAGUUUCAGCAAAGUGUAGCUGGAGAUGCAUCCAGUAGAUACUGUCUGCUGAGUUUAUAGAUAUUCUUCUAGACCAUUAGCUGCUAUGUUCAUUUUCUUCUAAUAUAUAAAUUUGACUGUGUAGGUGGAUUUAUAAUAACGUUACAGCAUGUUGAAUGUUACUGCUACCAGCUGCAGGCUGUGGCUCUUUACAAAGCCUGUCAUCAUGUUACAGGAGGUGUUGUGGACAGAAAGGAUGGAGCUGCAGAAGGAGGGGAUGUUUUGUUUUUGUUUUUAUGCCUUGUCUUAUCCUUUGCCUAACCCAGGUUUAUAGUCUUGUCAUUUCCAAGUGACUCUUGUCUGUAAACGCCUGCAUACAUCUGUAUUUGCAGCAAAUCGGCUUUUCUGCAAAUAAUAUCUGUAAUUCUUUAGAAAUAGCUGUUUCAUCUUAUUUGCAGGUGGGUCAUCUUCAUGCUUAUGUAUUUAUCUAAGUAUUUACUGUUUUUCCCUCAAAUUAUACACUAUGAAAUUGUACACGUAAAUACACAGGAAAUAAGAUACUUAUAUCAGUGAAUCUAAUAUAAAUAAGAUACUCUCUCUAUAUAUAUAUAUUUACACAUAUAUAAGUAUAUAUAUAAGUAUAUUUUUGAGUCAUUUUCUCAACACUGAUUGGUUUAAAUAUAUCAUGAUGUGACAUAAACUUUCAAGGUAUUAUUAACCCCUAAUGCCUGGACUUAUUUACAAUUCUAUAAAAACAAAAUAAAUACAAGAAGAAAAAAUCUGGAAAAAUAACAAACAAAAAAGACUAGAAUAAAAUACAAUUGAAUAUCAUAUAAAUUAAUAACAGUAAAUAAGUAAAGAUAAAUAAUAAAUACAUAACAUAAAAAUAUAUACAUAAAUUCAAGUGGAUAAACUUGGAAGUGGAUAGAUAAAAAGAAAUCAAAUAAACAAACACCAAAACUGGUUUGUCACACAUUUGCGACAGCAGGCAGUAAAGGGGUUAAAAUGCAGGAAUAAUCACAGUAGUUGAUACAUAAAUAAAAAAAAGGCUAACUCUUAAUAAGAGCACAGAAAAGGCACCACGGUCGAACUUUUUGUGUUUAUCAGCUCAAACUCACUGAACUCUACAAAACUAAUAUUUCCAUUUAAAACAACAACAUGCUGGCAGUCGGGGAUGUUUACUGAGACUUUAAACUGCUGGUAAAUCUUCAGUAGAGCUCAGCAGAGGGGCUUUCCUGAACAAGCCCUUCCCCCGCUCCGCCUCAGCCUUCAGGGGGAACAACUAAUAACAAGACACAAACAAAAUGAUCUACUCUGUAACAGAAGCCUAUGUAGCAUUUAUAGCGCUAAAAUAAACUUGCUGCAGGAUACUUUUCUUUGUACUUUACUCUUUUCAUAUCAAAAUGAACACCAGCCAGUCAACAUUUGUAUUAUUAUCACUCUGUAUUUGAUACAAAGAUUGUGAGAAAGCUACCAGGUUUGAGAGAUGAAAUCAAGUUAUGCAUAUUUCUCUCUGCAAAACAGCAAAUAUGCACAGCUUUCUCCUUUUGCUCACAUCCCAAUAGAUUCACUGAUAGUUUUUAAAAGGGGUCAUAUUUCUUGUAAGAUAUCACUGAAGGGCAAAGAUGACUGCAUUGUCUAAUAAAGUUUAUUCUCCAUUCAGUCCAACCAUCACAGAUGGAGAUUCUUUGAGUUAAGUUUCAGAUUUUCUCCAGCAGUUGAGCGUCUCAGUAAUUAUUUGCCAGCAUGUUGCUAGCUGGUGAUGUUUUAGAUGAGAUUUGUUUUAGAGGGAAGUUCUGAGUUUUUGUGAGCUUGCAAACAUCUAAAGUUAAACCGCUCUGCCUUUCCUGUGUUCUUACUUAGUUUGCUCUGUUUUUCUUUUUUCUUCCCCUCCAGUGGGGGUGCUUUCAUGACCUAUACCGGAGAUGUCCAGCUCUGGUUUUCAAAGGUCGCCGUCCUGCAGUGUUUAGAAAUGUUUUACAUCAACACACCUGACUCAGAAUAACUGGUGUGGGCAGAACUCAACAAGCUGAUGAGGAAAUAUAUUUCAUUUUAAUUGAGUUGAAUCAGGAAAACAUCUAAAACCUGCAGGACCUAAAGGACCAACACUAGACAUCCCUGACCUAUACAAAGAGCUGGCUCUGGCUUUGUUUUUUUUAACAUCAUUAAAGUGGCUAAAAGUUGCUCUAAAGAAGAUAUAUAUGUAAUAAGAAAUUGGAGUCUACUAACAGUUGUAGUACAGAGUAAAUGUAAAGAAUAGACUUACUGCUGUUAAAUUUUCCAGGAAAAUAUCAAUGUUGUAGAAAAAGUAAAUAAAGGCAGAAUUCUUCUAAAUGUAAUUUAAACAUUGUUUAAUUUCCAGAAACAUAUUUACAUGACACUAUACAUGUUUGAGAGGUUGUUUUUUUUUAUAGUUGUGAAAGAAAUGUUUUCUCAUUCUCACUUGGUAAUAAUAAUUGAGUUGCUCCGCAGUUCGGGACUUCCUUUGUUUCCUUUAUUAACAUUUCAGAAUGAGCCACAUACUUUCAGUGUAAAUGAUGAGCAGGUCGACUCUUUAAUUACGGCGCUAUGUUGUUUUUAUAGGAGCAGAAUGUGAUUUGGUUUUGUCUUCGUGACCAAAAGUAGUCAGAACAAAAUAAUUCUUAUUUAAAAAAGAAAAAAUAAUAAUAGGUGGAAAAAUAAUUAAAAAUUACAGCAAUCAUGUCUUGUAUACAUGUUCAUGUAUAAUAAAAUGCAUAAUUUAUGAUUAAGUAAGUAUUUGAAAUGACUGUAUACAGGAAUUAUUAAGCAUAGCUUUUUUUAUUUUAGUUAAGUACAGUAAGUUAACAGUCAGGCUCUGAUCAUCUCAUCUUCUGAUAAAAGACUAGAGACUGGAAAGUAUUACCAUCAUUCUUCAGCAUGCAUGACAUGAUUUA